AGAUUAGUAAUGAAUAGGCGGAUUAAAAUAGUCAAGUUAACCAUCAGAUGCCACAUUGUUUUAAACUUUUGCUCGCGGCCUUUCAGUGAACAUAAGCCGUUUAGGUCAACCACAAUCUGUAUAAAAGUCCAAGAUUUUCGCGUUUUGUUAUCAUAUGUAUCUGUAUUAUUCAUCAGUAAACUUCAUUCGUGCCAGUUCAACCUUCUGAUCCUCAGUUCUUCAUUUAAACAAUCCAGUGAAAUCAUCUACCAGUGCAAUACACAAUGGAACAGUGCUUGACCAUCACUUUGCUAGUUCAUCCUCACACAGGACAAAUAAUCGCCGUAAACCAAGCUGUGCUUCCAUAUCCGGCACCAUACGUGCCUUAUGUACCAUACGUUCAAUACAUACCCUACUACCGUGUUAUGGGCGAAAUUCCACACGAAGAAUCAACAGAGGAAGAAGAAGAAGAAGAAGAUGAUAGUGACGAUGAAGAAGAUGAGGAAGAGAUCGACUCCGAGCCAGAAGAACAAUUCGAGUCAACUGUUGACUCAGUAUAUUCAACGUAUAACUCAGAAGUAUUUUCUGAAUAUUCAUCUGUCGAAGAGUUAUCUUCGCUUGAAGGUUCAUUUGUAAGCUCUUAUGAGAGCUCUUAUUCGAGCUUUGAAAGCUCUUCCGAAGUUUCGUUUGAUGGAACAGAUAGUUCUUACGAUGCCAGCGAUGAAGCCGAAAAUGAAGACUCUGAUGAAGAAACUGAAGACGACGACGAGGAAGAUGACGAUGAAGACGAUGAAUACGACAAUUAUAGAGAACCAAUCAUGUAUAUAAUAUGUAAGAGAUGUGGUGGAUGCCGCAGCUUCUAUUGAAAGUUCAACUCAAAAGGCCAAAAAAAGAAAAAACCCGUGUGAUUAGAGUAACAAAGAUGAAAAUAUAUAUUGCAAAAAGCCAAAUACUCUGUAGAUUUAUAUAUACAUAGCCUGACAAUUUCUUGUAUUUAUUUUAAGCAUUUGUAAACAUUCAAAAAUUUUUUUAGUCCUUAAAUAAAGAUAA